GUGUUAAGUUUGUCAUAGUAUGUGAGCUUUGGCUUAGUGAUUCGUGGUUAAGGUUUUUUCUUUUUAAGCAGAACUUGUAGGUAUCAGCAAGCUUCGGAGAAGGGAAAAUGCUAAGUUUCAGCUAGACCAACUCCCAAAUGUUAAGGGCAGCUCUUUUCCUUCUCAACAGAACUGUACGUUCCAAGCCAUCCCCAACUCCAAUCCCUAAGGAGAAAUACUGACUAGAUUCUGAAGGCUCUGCAUCAGUAAGAGAGAUUUCAGCAACAAAAAUACAGAAAGCCUGGUUCACUUAUGUGGACAAAACAUUGUUUAAACUCCUAAAACACACUGUUUGUGCAGCGGAAUAUUGUGUGGCGCAUGAACUGCUGAAGAAAGUAAGCCCCAUAGAAGCUGCACUUGUUAAAGAUCCGAGCAUGAAGUGUAAAGUCAGGUUCAGCAUCCUGAAAGCUUCAUCACACUCCUUGCUGUGUCUCCAUCACCCACCUGUCUGAGAACCUGCUAACAGACAGGAGAAAGACAGCUGGCUUUCAGGAAAUCCCAAGUCAACACCUGAGGAAGACUGUCAAGACUCCAAAAUGAUGAGUCAAGUGGUAAACCCUAGCAAAGACUUUGAAUUCCAGAAUUUACAGAAUUGGAGAAAACCAAAGGAGCAGAGAGUUCCCCUACGAGAAGAGAAUCCCAGGGUGAAAUGCAAAAACUGUGGGGCCUUUGGACACACCAUAAGAAGCAAGAAGUGCCCUAUCAAGUCCUGGGAUGGUGCCAAGGUACCACUGCCCUUGGGCAUAAAGAAGGGAAAGGAGAACCAGGACCCACAAAAGCCAAAGAAUCUGCAUAGCACUGGGCCAGUGUGUGAAACAGAGAAAGAGAAAAGAGAGAGAGAGAGAUUAGAGGAGCAGAGGAAGGCUCUCGUGCUCAAAUUUCCCAAGAAACCCCCAGAGAAGAAGCCUCGGAGUUGGAAGGAUACCACACAUUCUGGUGACUAUCUGAGGCGUCCGAGCAGACCAUCGUUCAUCCACAUUAACAAGAAAGUAUCCCUGAAGUGCACCCAAACUAGUCUGCCAUCACUCAAGAAAUCUGAUGGGGAACAUGUGUACCAUACAGCACCUUCCACAGAAAAGCCUACUAUUACCAUUAAUCUUGAGGAAAAUAACAUGCCAAAACCAGCAGUUGGGCACAGUGCUGAGCACCCGACUUUCAGUGGGAAUGCAACAGGCCGAAGCACAGAGCAUUGCUUCUAUCAGGUUCCCCAGGCUGCCUUCAAAGUGCAGGAGAUGGGCCAUGUAUUAAACACCCAGUCACCAGUCCAGCAUUCUGAUGAAGAUAAACACUCCCUCCUGUACCCCGCAGCACAUCCAAAUAGCCAGCAUGCCAAACUCAGCCUCAAAGUAACACAUGAAAGAAGUCUCCCCCUUGUCAGCCAGAUGAGCCAAAAUCCUCAAAAGAAGCGGCGCGUAAGCACCUACCAGAGACCACAGAAGAUCACUGAGAAGCCUAUGUUGGAGGCUUUCCGUGUUGUGCCACAUUCUAGUACCAGUCAAGUUGAAUCAAAAGGGUUACCUCAAGCGACCAGUGUUGAACAACAGCCUCCUUGCAACAGAGCUCUCCUGAAUUUCACACAGCCUUUCACCGAGUCCUGUCAUCCAUUGUCCAGUCAUGUUCCAGUCCAACCCCUCCGAAUGGUCUUCACUAGAUUGAGGAAUGACUGCUGGAGCUCCAGGAUCUUGGAAGCUUCCUCAUCCCAUCCUCCUGAAAAGAAAAUACCUUCUGACAAGAUCUCUCCCUCCCUGAAGCAGUCUGAGGGAGCAUACCCCAGGGUCCCACUGAGCAUUAUCAUAAGGUCCCGUCCACCCUCCUCCUCUGAGGAGAGGAAAUGAGAAAACCACAUGAAAAAUGACUCUGUCUCCAGCCUCAGAGGGACUUGUAGAGGACUGGUGGAUGGAGAAGAGAGCGCAGGAAGCUGACUAAGCCAGUUGUUUGGGGUCUUUGGGACAGUGAAUCGUAUGAAUACCGUCAACUGAGCAGCAGACACAGACACCCUUCAGAUCACAUAAACUGUACUUCAAAUGGAAUUGACUGGGGUCUUACAUGAAGUCUGUAUGAAUUUGAGUUGGUGUGUACAUGCGUUUAUUCACAUGUAAGUAGAAAAGCAGAAUUAGCCUGUUUGGCAUCCAAGUGUCUAUGUUAGUGGGAGGUCUGGAUGAGCUCUACGACCUCCAUUUUCAUCCUGACCUCAGAAGGGAGAUCUUGACUAUCAAAUGCGCCAGUGAAAGCCGUCGUGAAGAAAGUUUUCUUGCACUUACACAUGUUCUUUAAUGUCUUGUAAAUAUGUUUAAAAAAUAAGUUCCCAUGUUAAUAUAGAUCUACAAAGUAUGCCAAAGAAAAAAGAAAAAUGCACUUUGAUGCCUGUCCCUAAUAUGCUGCAGCUGUCACUCUCCUGGAGUAAUCAGCCCUAAUAGUUUGUUAUGUUGCCUUCAUUUCGCUAUGAAACAAGGUUAUAUAAUUCUGUUUGUUCUUGUUAUUAAGAUGUUAUCAUACUAUUCAGCCUGACUUUUUCAGUGAACACCGUAAUGGUCUUUUAAUGAACAGAACAUACCCAACUUGAAGAGAACAGUUUGGUCUGCCCUUGUCCCUUCUUUCUUUUCAAAACAAACUUGGCUAAAAUGUGAAGUCAUGGUUGAAAGAAAACAUACAACGGUGGGAUUUUUCCCAUUAUAAGUUUACAUUUUUGCUCUUUGAAUAAAAGUUUUGUUAGCCAAUUGA